AUCAAAUUAUUUAUUACAGAAAAGGUUGAACAGAAAUGUGCAAGUUACUAUACAAACUGAGGAAAAACUAAGGAAGAGGGCUGGUGGGUGCUGCUCAAAUCAAAGAAAAUAGCAAAACACAAAAGGAGUUCUCAUAAGGAGAACUUAACACUACCAUCGCGGUGGACAAAAGAAAAAUGGAACAAAAAGGCUCACUACCUGGGAACUGACAAAACAAAACUACACAGGAGUCAGCACCCCUAAUCCUGGUGAAAACUAGACAAAAGGAACUACCUGUAAUCAAAUGAAGCGGUAUCAGUUUUUGAUUCUAACCCUCGCCCAAUUCCUUUCACACAAUCUUGCCUCAACCACACAGCAACACAGAACGGCCCGCUGGAAGUCAGUUGCCCCGUUCAAUUGAACUGCCAACUCUUUUAAAGGAGUUGGCAGUUUUCGGUUGGUCGGCCUGGGGAGCGCCGCACCAAUCACUGGACUCCUGGUCGCAGCCACGCCUCUGCUGUCACGGUCCAACCAGAGAGUGGGGAUCACACAGCCCUAUUUGCAUAGCCACAACAUAUAGUUAAAACACACACACACACACGUACACGGGUUAGGAGGCGCUGGCCGUAACAAAAGCCAACAGGCGCUACCAGGUGUAGCCGGCAUCACGACCUGACUUUUGAUGUCAGAUGUGGGAUUUUUCAUUUUUUUGCCGUUCUUUUUUUGUUUCCUCUGGGUGUGAAACAGAGUGAGAUUCCUUUGUUUCCCAAUCUUAUUUUUAUUUUUUACUACGCUUGCCUUUUCUGUAACUCUGCAAAAGGCUGAACCUAAACUUCAAUCUUGAAUCCACAUUCAGGAGACAGUUAGCUUAGCAUAAAGAUAGGAAACAAAGCGAAACAACUGGUUCUCUCCAAAGCAACACAAGUACCAAAAUCGACCUUCACACACCUUUGAGGUUGCAGUCAGACCUAACUGAGUCCUUUGUGACAAAACACAACCCCUUUAUUUAUGUAAUAAAGACAGGACUGGCACAGUGGGAUUCAUGAAAGCACAUACUUUGUAACAUGAACACUGUAUUUCUAUUCUUUACUUCACAGUCUGAGAUGCCGUGGCACAUCUGUAAAGUUAUAAACAGUGGUAGAAGAAGUAUUCUGGUCCUCUACUUCAGUAAAAGUACCAGUAUGACAAUAUAUUGUAAACAAAUAGCUUGCAAUGAAAAUUCCUGAUAAGUAAAAGUAUUGGCUGCAAAAUGUAGAUAAAGUAUUGAAGUAAAAGAGGGUUGGUUCCUCUAACUGAUGUAAUAUUAAAUGUGCCAUCACUAGACUAUUAAUAGUGAAGCAUCAGUGUGUCAGCAGCAGGUUACUGUUGUAGCUGCUGCAGGUGGAGCUAGUUCAAACUAUUUCAUAUCAGUUUCAUAUCCAGGGACAGAAGAUAAAUCUGAGGGCUCCAAACAUGAUAAAUGUGAGACAAAAGAAGAAAGGUUCUGAUACAGAAAUCUGUUUUCACUUUUUGUCAAAUCUUUUUUUUUUAUCUCUCGAUUUUUGGUGUGAUAUUAGAUCAUUGAAAUAUUCAUUAAAAUAAAACCAUGUGGGAAGCUUAGAGGGAAAAAAAAUCUGUUAACAACUUGACUACACACUGAGUUUUGUAAGAAGCCAAAAAUGAUUGGAACCCACUGGUUUAACAGUGUUGUAUUUUAAAAGCUUGUUAUAUUAACCAUGUUUGAAAAAAGAAUGUCAUUAAAAAGUUGGCAGAUAGAAAGUACAAUAUUUGGCUCUGAAAUGUAGUGGAAUGGAAGUAUAAAGUAGUAAAAAAAAACAGAUAUACUCCAGCGAAAUGCCUCAAAAUUCCACUACUUUCACCACUGGCUAUAAAAUCCUGCAUCUGGUUAUUAGAGACUGUAGUCUGUAUGGCUUUUUUGUGUCUGAAAAGCCAACAGUUACAUGGAUUUAUUAUUCAAAAGCACACCCCCACCAACACAACCCCCCAUUAUGAACCCCUCUGUAAACAGGCAAGUUGUCAUUUUUACAAUUUGCUCUCUGAUCACAGUAAAUUAUGUGUUAAUUAGCCUUAGAGAUUUUUGUCACCACUUGUCAGAGCCACGCUUUGCAGUUCCCCCCUUGUUUAAAGUCCUUGUGCUUCUGCUUGCUGUGGCCUCAUACUGACAUAUCAGUGGUGUCAAGAUGCUCAUCUGUGCUUCAGUUACUAUUGAUAUUUUAUUUUUAUGCAAGGGUGUUGGAAUUAUUAACACAUAUAUAGUAACCAAAAGUUAUCAAAUGGACCAAAAGUCACUCUUGUGUUGACCACAACUGGUUCGGAAUCAAGCAGCUUGGCUUCUCUCUAUGGGCUCCCUGUUUGUUUUAGGAUUGAUUUUAAGAUUUUACUGUAACCUUUAAAGCACAUCUUGGUCUGGCCUCAAGGUACAGAGCAGAUAUGUUGACCUUAUAUGAGCCAGCUCGCAACCUGAAGUCCACUGGUGGGUCGUCUUCUGCUUCAACCCCUCUGGCUGUUCAAAAGUCAAGGCUUAGAUUUAAAGGUGACCAAGCUUUUGCCAUCAGGACCCCUCAGCUUUGGAGUGACCUGCCUGAGGAAAUGUAUUAUUUUAUUUCUAUUUGUUAUUAUUGACAUACUGACAUAUUGACAUACAUUUGUAUUUGUGUCUUCUCAUUUUGACCUAUUAUUUUUUAUUAACUUUUAUGUAAUUUCCUUUUGCUUUGCCUGUCAAUGCAUUUUGUCAGCCUGUUUUUAAGGUGCAGUUUGAGUAAUAUAUUAUAAUCAUCAUCAUUUACCACAUUUUCUUCCAUGUUAUAACUGAAUGUAAUUAUUUUUCUUACCAUAAAAAGAAAAAAGAAGCACCUUUACCAUGUUUUCCCAUUUUGUUGCACAGUAACAGGUUUGCAGCUUAUUGGGUUUGUCAUUUACACAUGAAACACAUAAAGGGAAAUGAAAAAUGUCUGCUCCCGUAUGCAAAACAUCCUACAAUGAAAGAGGUCAAUUGUAUUACACUGUCUGGUGUGUUUAUUAACCCUUCAUCACAGUCGUCUGUGUGAUCACUGGCACAGAGUUGCCAUCGAUUAUCACAAGCUUUUGGGCAGAUUGCUGCUCCUUCAGUGACUGCCUGACACAACUGAUCGGUAAAUAAUGCCUGUCGUGUCUGCUUGCUCGUGUUUUAAUAUCGGCACCGAAUGGCGGCGCUCCAAACUGCCUCUGUUCUCUGUUGGAUUUAUUUGGCUCGGGCCUGAAUCUAAUUAUUUCCACAGUGAUGGAUGAGAUAGCUGCCGCAUUUUAAUAUGGAUGUGUGUGGAGCUUCUGAGGAAUAAAUUUGAGGUCUGAAAAUCAGAAAUGCUGCGACUUUGAUUUUGCAGCAGCAGUAUGUGUUCGGUGGUGCAGAAGCCACUGAUACCUGAGACUCUCUCAGUGAGAUUUAGACUGUAGUCGUGCUCAAGUGAUGGAGCAGACAGAACGAACGCUGAAUGGCAAAUGAGUCUCCAAAACUGGCUCACAGUAACACAAUAACAGCAAUUACAAUACAUGGGGCGAGUAACUGUGGUGCUUAGAAGUUGAUGCUUGAUGUCAUUUGAGGCAUGAAAACAAAAACACAUCUGUGGGAAAAACCUGACAGACCUGUUUAUCUCAGUUCCGCUACUGGAUCCUGCCAUUUACUUUACCAGAUGGCAGUUUGGUUUUAGACUUUGAGAGGUGAACUUUAUGUUGUAGUUUCCAGGAUUUAAAAAAAAAAUAAUGGGACUUUCUUUUCUGUGCAAACUUGCAGUCUGUGCUGUUUUAUUCUGCAGUGCACCAGCAGGUGGCUACGUGUACCAGAUGAUAAGUGACUGCGAGUAUGGUGACAACAUCACAGACACGGUCUACUUUGUGAAAAACAUAUUUAACCAGAAGCUUAAUAACAUAUACGACUCUCGACUUGGGAAGUACAUCGGCUUUGGAGAAUUAGGCAUGAAAAAUGCGGCUCAUUAUAACAACCAGAGUUGGAAAAUGCAGGCAAGAAAGGUGGAAGUGGACACUCUUCGCAGAUACAAUGUAAGAUUGUUCAGAAAGAGCAUACUGGAUAGAAAAGUGCCUCCAAAUGUCAAGGUCCAUCAGACCAAGCCGGCUGACUACGGGGAGCGGUCCAUGCUGGUGUGCAGUGUUUGGGGGUUUUAUCCUCAGGAAGUGAGGGUGAGCUGGCUGAGAGACGGAGAGGAAGUCACCACUGACGUCUUUUCUUCGGAUGUUCUGGCCAAUGGCGACUGGAGCUUCCAGUUUCACACAUACCUGGAGCUGACCCUUAAGAGAGGGGAGAGGGUGACCUGCAGGGUGGACCACAGCAGCCUACAGGAGAGCCUGGAGGUGGAGUGGGACACCUUCGCUCUGGAUGUUAAACAUGCGACGAUUGCGGUGGGGAUUGUAUUCUUCUUUGCCGGCCUCGCUGUAGCUGCUGUUGGAGCUCUUUACUACUGGUGGAAGAAACAGAGGUUUCACGCCAACCGACUGUGAACAUAAAGACAAACCUCCCUGUGCUGUCUUUCAAAAUUCUGAGGUUUUUACAAAUAUAACAGAAGACAACUCUUGACACUGAAAUGAAUAAUAAAAUAAAAUCCACCACUGAAUUCUUCAAAACAUCUUCAAAAACCUUUCAGCCCACAAAAGAAAAAAAGAAAAUCCCUCAACAUGUAUUCUGCUCUGCUUGACCUACAGGGGAGAUAAACGGCAUCGUGGGAAGGUGGCAGGCUGUUGUUGCACUUUGUAAUUCGCUCUCUGACAUGGCACAGCACCUCUUUUAUCAUUUUUGUCAACCAAGGACUCGACUGACAUAUUAUCCUUCAAACUAGCCCCAUAAAUUGUUCUAGCUUUGUGUUGUUAUCACUUUAUAGGAUUAAGAUGUCAGAGCUGUCACUUAGAAUAUUUCUCACCUUGGAGGAAAAUUCAUAUUCUUAUAUGAUUAUAUGACAAGUCACAUCUGUGUACGUUCCAUCCAUAUGAAAACAUAGCAUUAUAGAUGCGUAAAUAGGUUAUGUUAUUGGUCCCAUUUAAAGAAUGGAAUCCUGAGAAAAUCUAAGUAAACUUUGAUACAUACAUUACAUACAACAGUAGGGCCUGAUAAUAUUCCAUGAGCAGGGCUUUAAUCACAUCCCACUCAACUCACACAUCCAAGAAACUUUUGACUUACUGCCACAAAAGCUUAUACAAGUUACAGAUUAUUACUCUAAUUAUUGAUGUAUUUCAGGAGCUUUUUCCCCAUCAAGGUCCCUUUAAGUGAACUAAAUGCUGUUGCAUAUAUGCUUCUACAUUUUCACUCCAGUCCUUCCAAAUGCCCACUUUUUGUAGAUACUAACCUGCAGUUUUGAAGAUGCUCUUUCUCAAAGUAAUAAUCUUAAUCACAGUUCGGUUAUUGUCAAAGAACUUCAGAGUCUUUUGCUGCUUUCAACACUUCAACUUCAAGACCCGACUGUUCACUUGCUCCCUAAUAUAUCCCACCUACUGACAGGUGCCAUUGCAAAGACAUAGUGUGAUUCACUUCACCUACCCAUGGUUUUAAUGUUGUGGUGAUGAUGUGUUACAGUCGAUCACACUGCGCUCAGCUCUGUGGAGCGUUUAUAGCAUCUUUCAGUGCAACUUUACUGUUUUGUUUCACUCUCCCUUUUCACAGAGUGUUGUUUAUGGACAUGGCGGGCUGCUAUUGUCAGGGAAAAGCAGCUCUAAAAAUCCACCAUGCGCUACCUACGCUCAGCAGCAAAUGGCACGUCGACAAAGUGAGCAGCUAGAAAGUGAAGAUGCAUUUAGCAGUUUAAGAGCCAGACAUUUCCCUCAGACAUUAGCGAAGGCCAAAAGAAGAGAGCGGAUUGGCCAGAAACACAACUUUGUUACUGCUGGCGAUAUAAACGGGCCUGAGAAUUAAUGAACAGAAACUAACUAUUUCUAAUCACAUGCUAUUAAUUAAAAUAACAUCAUAUCGAGAUUUAAAAAUACACAUUUUAUAUCUGUAUGUAACUGCUCAAUAUACAAUUUUUUUUUUCAAAUAUUCAUGCACUAUACUGGGGACUUUCUUCGCUGCAUGUGUGCUGUAUGUUAAUGUAAGGAAAAUAGCUUUACAAUGAAUUUAUAUAUGCAUGUGGUGUGAUGGCAUUAAGUGUGUUCAAUGUUUUGUCUUUAAAAACAGCUGUUAAUUGUCUGUAUAUGUUGAGAAUGUGUCAGCGUGUGAUGAUGAAUGUAUAAAUGCAUUAAAACUUCAUCACUGACAA